AACGAUUCUAGAGCAUUCUUUCUUCUAUUUUUUUUCCCACAGGUGGUCGGUUUCUGGGUCUGCAUGGCUCAGUAGAGGAUGAAGUCCAACCCCCCACGCUCCUCCCUAGAGGCCUGCAAAGCUGCAGGCCAGGGUGAGAAGAGCUGCCCUGUCUGCCAGGCCUGUGGAGAGGUCUCAGGUCCAAGGUCUGGCUCAGGGUCUGAGUCAAGGCCUGCACCAAAGCCUGGUGCCAUUCCAGGGCCUGGACUGGGGCCCAAAGCUAUUCCAGGACCUCAGGCGGGUUCUGAUACUGUUCCGAGGCCUGGUGCUAUUUCAGGGACUGGACCAAGUCUAGGGCCUGGGCCAGGAGCUGGGUCCGUACCUGGGCCAGGAACUGGGUCCGUACCUGGGCCAGGAGCUGGGUCCGUACCUGGUCUAGGAGCUGGGUCCGUACCUGGGCCAGGAGCUGGGUCCGUACCUGGACCAGGAGCUGGGUCGGGACCUGGUCUAGGAGCUGGGUUGGGACCUGGUCUAGGAGCUGGGCCAGGAGCUGGGUCUGUACCUGGGCCAGGAGCUGGAUCAGUACCUGGGCCAGGAGCUGGGUCUACACCUGAGCCAGAGCUAGGGCCUGGGCUCAGACAGGGGUCUGGGACUGGGCCCAAACCCAGUGAGUCAACAACAACCCCAACACCAGCGCCGCAGCAGAAGACUCAAGCCAAACCCACAAAGGCUGCCAGGCAGAAGGUUCUAGUGACUGGAGGAGGAGGCUACCUGGGCUUCAGCCUGGGAUCCCACCUAGCCAAGAGCGGCACUUCCGUCAUUCUGCUUGACUGCCGCAGACCCCAGUGGGAACUGUCCCCGGAAACCAAGUUCAUCCAGGCUGAUGUCCGAGAUGAAGAAGCCCUGUACCGUGCCUUCGAAGGGGUGGACUGUGUCUUCCACGUGGCUUCCUAUGGAAUGUCCGGGGCUGAGAAGCUGCAGAAAGAGCAGAUUGAGUCUAUAAAUGUUGGAGGCACCAAACUAGUGAUUGAUGUCUGUGUUCGCCGGCGGGUUCCAAGGCUCAUCUAUACCAGCACCGUCAAUGUUGCAUUUGGAGGGAAGCCCAUAGAGCAGGGCGAUGAGGACUCUGUGCCAUAUUUCCCACUGGACGAGCACGUAGACCACUACUCCCGAACCAAAGCCAUCGCCGACCAAUUGACCCUCAUGGCCAAUGGGACGCCUCUCCCAGGAGGAGGCACUCUUCGGACGUGUGUGCUCCGGCCUCCAGGGAUCUACGGCCCUGAAGAGCAGAGGCACCUGCCCCGUGUGGCGGGCCACAUCAAGAAGAGGCUGUUCAUGUUCCGAUUUGGGGACCGCAAGGCACGGAUGAACUGGGUCCACGUACACAAUCUGGUACAGGCACACGUGCUGGCGGCCGAGGCCCUCACCACGGCCAAGGGCUACGUGGCUAGUGGGCAGGCGUACUACAUCAACGAUGGGGAGAGCGUCAACCUCUUUGAGUGGAUGGCCCCACUGUUUGAGAAGCUGGGGUACAGCCAGCCCUGGAUCCAGGUGCCUACUUCCUGGGUUUACCUGACAGCGGCAGUUAUGGAGCGCCUCCAUCUGGCCCUGAGACCCAUCUGCAGCCUCCCACCGCUGCUCACUCGGAGUGAGGUGCGCAGCGUGGCCGUGACGCACACCUUCCAGAUAGCCAAGGCCCGCGCCCAGCUCGGCUACGCGCCGGAUAAGUUUAGGUUCGCCGACGCCGUGGAGCUAUACGUGCAGUCCACGACCCGGCGGCCCCGCGGCUCCACGGCGCGGACCCUCCUGCGGCUGCUGCUCGGGCUGCUGCUGUUCCUCGGCUUGCUCGCCCUGGCCCUGCACUUCCUAGGCCUGCAGCCUCUGCACGCCGCCGUGGAGCGCCUGUGACCGUCCGCCGUCCGCCGCCCGCCAGGGUCGGCCCCGCUGCACCCUCGCCCACGCCCGGCUCCCUG